AGCGAAAGCCACCGGACAAGAGGUGCAGGGUAUAGGGUUUUACUCGCGCCUCUCCUGCCUGCCAAAUAUUAGCCCUGCUUCUCAUAUUAUCUAAAACUAGUCAUUACAUUAACAUCUCAAGGAUGUGGUACCUAUGCGUAUUUUACCACCGAUUGUUGGAUUAUAGAAAACCAGAGGUAGAGGCACUUGCAGAGCUUUUUGGGGGUUCUGAAGCUUUGGAAUGGAAGCUUCCCCAACAUCACCAUCCUGACUCGCCUUUUCACUUUGUUAAUCUCCCCAAUGAAGAUGUUGCUCGAAACAUCGCCAACCGAAGUAUACUUGUAAAAGGUAUAUAUGAACUUUGGGGAGAAGGAAGUAACUAUGAGGAAUUGGAAGAAGCUAUAAUGAGAUAUCCAGAUGAGCAAAAAUUGCCAUAUUUGACUUCUGAAAGUACAUUUAAGAUCACUGUUGAUAGCUUUGGAAAAGUGAUUAGCUUUCAAGAGCAAAAUGAUCGUAUUAAGGGACUUGCUUACAUCCCUUUCAAGGGUCGAGUUAAUUUAAAAAAUCCAGAUCACAAAUUCUGGCUUAUGGAAACUGAUGAUUAUGGAGUUAACAAUGGGUUGCCCCCUGUUCUCCAAAGAAGAAUCUUCUUUGGUCGGGAGGUUGGUGGUGCUGACAGGAAGCUCUUACCAACUUAUCAGUUAAAAAGCCGCAACUAUCUUGGCCCAACAGCCAUGGAUGCAGAAAUGGCUUUCUUAAUGGCGAACCAGGCGAUGGUCACACCUGGAAAACUCAUCUAUGACCCUUUUGUUGGCACCGGAAGCAUUCUUGUUGCUGCAGCUCAUUUCGGAGGAAUGACAAUGGGUGCUGAUAUUGAUAUUAGGGUGGUACGUGAUGGACGUGGCCCUGACUGUAAUGUUUGGAGCAAUUUCAAGCAGUAUGGAUUACCUAUGCCGAUUGGUCUUUUACGGGCAGACAAUAACCUUCCUCCUUGGCGUCCAGGAUUGAAAGAGGUGUUUGAUGCCAUAAUCUGUGACCCUCCUUAUGGGGUUCGUGCUGGGGGACGCAAGUCUGGUGGCCGGAAAUUGCUGAAGGGAGCUGUGAGCCCUUACACUGUUCCUGAUGACAAGCGAACUGACCACAUACCUUCAACUGCACCUUACUGCCUAGCCGAGUGCAUGCAUGAUUUACUUGACCUUGCUGCUAGGAUGCUCGUAAUGGGGGGCAGGCUUGUUUGCUUCUAUCCCGUACUAAGAGAAGAAGACACUGUUCAAAUUCAAUUCCCAGAACACCAAUGCUUCAAAUUGGUUGCUUCUUCUGAGCAGAUCCUAAGCUCACGUUACAGCCGUGUAUUAUUAACCAUGGUGAAGAUAGGUCCAUAUACUGAUGAAAUUGCAGAAGCAGCAAGAUUAAAGCAUUUGGAGUUUAGAGAGAACCAUUUAAAGUGGUUAGAAGAGGGUAGUCUUCAUUCUUCUGUUUUCAGCCCAGCCGAUCCUCAAAUAGCUGCAGAAGGCGAUGCCAAAGCAUGUAAAGAACUGAAACCAAAAUAUAGAGGAAAAUAUGUGUAGUUUUUAACUGCAUCUGUAGGCAGUUUUGCUAGAGCAUUAGUAACUUCAUAUUGAGAAUUGCAUUUUGACCAGAAUUACACUAUUGGACUUGAAAUCAUAAGGACAUUGUAGAACCAAGUUUUGAAAGUAGCUGAUGAAAUUGCAAAAAUUGUAGCAGUGGGAUGUAUCAAAAUUCUUCCUUGCCCAGAUAAUGGCCUUCUAUGUGUUUUAGGA